CCGAAGUAUGGCGGGCAGACUCCGCUGAGAACGCACAAAGUCGCCUUUGCCACUUUCCUCGCCGGAAACGCCAACCCAGACAAGAAGCAAACAGAUGAAGAAUCUGCCGCCAUCAACGACGCCGACGAUGGCUACUUCCAAGGCGCAAGAGUGCUGACAUACCAACUCCUCCACUCCAAAUCAGCCAGCACAAACAACAGCAUCCCAUUCCUCGUAGUAUGCACCCGAGACGUUUCAAAACGCAAAAGAGACCGACUAAAAAAAGACGGCGCCACCAUCGUCCUCAUCGAAAAACUCGAACAAGACUGGGUCAAAGCCGCCGACCCCCGCUGGGUCGACGUACUCGCCAAACUCCGCCUCUUCCAACUAAUCGAAUACACAAAAAUCCUCUUCAUCGACAGCGACACCCUCGUCACCGCCCCUCUCGACGGCGUCUUCUUCGACGAAGCCACCCUCACCCAAGCCACGCUCCCCAACGCAGCCCAAAUAAAAGAAGACGAAGCCGACCUCCCACGAACCUACAUGUUCGCCACCCACGGCGACUUCUGGGGCUACGACCACCCCUACCCCCCACCCACAGACUUAUCGUACCUGAACUGCGGCUUCUUCGUCUUCACCCCUUCAUUAGUCCUAUUCAACUACUACAUGUCCCUCCUCAAACUCCCCAACCGUUUCGACCCCGGAUUCCCCGAACAGAAUCUUUUGAAUUACGCGCAUCGACAGGACGGGAAUAUGCCUUGGAAACCGCUGUGGUAUGGUUGGAAUGUGAAUUGGCCGACGGAAAAUGAUUGGAGAGGGGGUGCCAGGAGUUUUCAUGCCAAGUAUUGG